AUGGAGGAAACAAUAGUUAAAUCAAAUCUAACAACCACUGCUGAUCCCAUUUUCUUUUCAGCAACACAUGCAGGACUCACAAUCAGUGUCAAGCUAAGAAUCUUCCGACAAACGGUUCACUUGCCAUCGUCAGGAAGAAAGUACCUAACAAUAAGAGAACACAGGCUGGUUUCUCCUCCACAAAGAGUCGGAGGCGACUUCUUCAUCACCCCCGGUGGUGUACUGCCCGAUCAAGAUAUUGAGCUAGAGCUGAGAAAUUCAGGGAUGGAUCUAGAGAGCUGGGUGGGGGAACGGGUAGUCGGUGUGAUCUCUCCCCAAGUCGCUGAGUGUUUGAAGAUCAAUCGUGCUCUUCAAAACUACAUGAUCGAAGGUGAUGUUGACGUAAUCUUCGAAACCAGCGUCUCGGAUUCUCAGGGCCUGAUCACUAGCGUUCUCGCCGAUGAUGAAACCAACACCGAGGUUUGUUCGAUAUGUUUUGGAGAAUUAUCUGGUGGUAACAGUUGCGUGGAGAUCCAAUGUUCCCAUCGUUUUCACAAAGAUUGUCUUUGGGGUUGGCUAAGGAACAAAACGUCCUGCCCAAAUUGUCGCCGAUGUCUCUGUGGAGAAACGGAAUGUCAAUGUCUUCAACCAGCUGGUAUUUAA